AUGUUUACGGAAGUAGAAGUGGAAAGAAUUAAAACGAGACACCCAACGCACCAAGGAAGAAAUGAGGAAGAAGCUCAGGUAGAGGAACAACCCAAAGAACAAGUAGCGGCAACUAAGAACGCAGAAGCUAAUGACCACACCCCUGAAGUUAUUCACACCCUAAAACCUAGUCAGUUAGAACUCAGAAGCAAAAUUCUAAUAGAACUCAAGAACAACAAUGAAAGGAUAAGACUCCCUCCGCUGAAGAAGACGAAAAGAAAUGAUUUAAUCAGAAUUCUUCGAGAUAUUAAUACAGUAAUAGAUACAAUCCAUACCGAAAGUCUAACAGAAACCAACAAGCUUAUGUACAGUACCGCAGUGGUAGCUACGAGAGAAUUGGGAUACGACAUCUCACCAGAACGAAAACAGCAAAAACAACCUAAAUGGAAAAUAAGACUCAAAUGGAAACUGGGCCAACUCAGAGCAGACUUAAGUUGCAUUAAAAAGUGGAAAGACGGAAAACUGAAUGACCAAAGGAAAAAAGAUUACCUAUGGCACAAAUAUAAAAUGGCGGAAAAGCGCAUACCCACAGUAAUGGAAGAACUUAAGCAGCGCAUAAUGGCAACAGCAAACAAGAUCGAAAGAUACGAGCGACGAAUUGUCCAGUAUAGACAGAAUCAGCUUUUUAAAACAGACCAAAAAAGAUUUUACAAGUCAUUAGAAAACUCCAACACAGGCAAACAAAACCUGCCAGACAAAGAAGCCACAUACGGGUUCUGGAGAGACAUAUGGGAUAACAGCACUAAACACAACGGAGAAGCAAAAUGGAUUAAGGACACCAAAAAACAAAUGAAAACCCCAAAAAUGCCAGAGUUCCAGAUCACCACAGAACUAGUUAAGAAGCAGGCUAGAAAAUCUAAGAACUGGAGCACCCCAGGACCAGAUGAAAUACAUGGCUACUGGCUGAAGCACCUAACAAAACUACAUGAAAGACUUGCAGGACAAUUCAACACUGUAUUGGACGACCCAACAGACUACCAAUGGCUAACCUUAGGAAAAACGUUUCUUAUCAUGAAAGAUCCCCAAAAAGGUGCAAUUCCAAGCAAUUACAGACCAAUCACGUGUCUUCCAACGACAUUUAAAGUGCUGACGGGUAUAUUAGGAGGCAAUAUAUGCACACCUAACAACAAACAACCUAUACCCAGUGGAACAAAAAGGAAGCUGUAA